CAAAACAUUAAAACACUCGUCCUCGUUGCUGGCUUGGUUUUAUACGACUGUCGACAUCCUAGUGGACACAUCUCUUUUUUGAUCAGCAAUGGCUUUCUCUAUUCCUCCUGCAACCAGAGAAUGUACACAAUUUGACGUUCAUUCCCUCAUUGGACAAUCCACUUUCAAAUAUAAAAGUAACGAAAAAGAUUACGAAGCUAGGUUAUCUGAAAUGGUAGCUUCGUCUUACAAUAGCAGUUCAACGUCAAAUUACAGCACAGUGCAGACGAACACACUUCAAGAUCAUGGCGAUGCUGGCAAAAGUAAAAACCCUCAAAAGAAAUCACGUCGCCGACCUCCUUAUUCCUACAUUGCCUUGAUCACCAUGGCUAUUCAACAAUCCUCCGAGAAAAGACUCACUUUGGACGGUAUCUGCAAGUUCAUUCGAGAUAAAUUCCCCUUCUACAGAGAAACGUAUCCAUCAUGGAAGAUCUGUAUCCGUAACAACCUCUCAUUAAACGACUGCUUUGUUAAGACGGGAAUAAAGAGUGACGAACCGUUAAAAGGGAAUUAUUGGACGCUCGAUCCAGAGAGUUAUAACAUGUUUGAAAACGGGAGUUUCUUGAGACGAAAGACGCGUUUUAAGCGAAACGACCGCGUAAGAGAUUCCUCAGAGCAUGUCAACAAGUCUUGUUUAAGAGAUACUUCAGGUUAUGGUUCAAACCCGAGCUUAUUGUACAAUGAUUUAAACAUUAGAAGCAACUUCGUCUUGCCAAAUUGCUCCGCCUUCAACUACGUUGAUACUCCGAAGAUAUCGACUCCAAUGUCAAAUCCUUAUCUUCCAUGGCCAUCUCCGUACUUAUCAUCGCCGACACCGCCGCGAGAAAGCACUCUUCAAUGGCCAAAAUCCUAUUCAUCAUUUCUACCAUCGUAUUAUAAUCAUUUGAGCUCUCCUUGUAACCCAUGCUCAUGUAGCGUUUGCGAAUCCUCAAAGAAUCUUUAUUUAAGACUAUCAAACUAAAUAUGAGAGUUUUGACUUAACAUUAUAUUAUAGCCUGUCAACCACUAUUCAUCUAUUGAAUGAUGUUAAAACAAGAAAAUAGUACAUUGUAUAUAUUGUUUAAAGACGAAAAAACUACAGUUUUCAAAUGAUAUAAUUUGUUAAUGCAUUGGAGUAAAUCCGUGUUGAAAUUAUCAAACACAACUGUAUUACAUGAUAUAAACGGGGUGCAUGGAGUUUGUAAAUAUCAAAAGUGUUAGAAUAUGAAUUUAGUCUUCGAAUAAUUUAUUGUGAAUAAAAGAACUUUAUAUACUGCA